AGUGAUGCAUCUCCUGAAAGCUGAAACAGUUACAACCCUUUCUUAAUUCUCGCAAGCUUACCAAAAGCCAAGAAAGAAUCUCUUAUCUCAUUACUCCUCCUCGCCCAUCUCUCAUUCCCCUUUUAUCUGAUCCUUUCUUGUCGGUUCGUUCAAAUCUUUUACCAUCUUAAUUGCUUACACUCCAAUACCUCUCUUUUCAUCCCUUUCAUUCCUUCGAUCGUUUCGCUUUAUUUCUCAGAGGAAUUUAUUGAAUUGGCCUGGUUCUUGAGAAUCAUACUAGCUGUGAUACGUGAGUUUUGACCGCUCAUCCUUGUAAAGAGGUCCCGAGAUUGCUGCUUCUUUUUUGGAGGAUUUCAGGACUUGUGAGGAGGUGAGAUGGCGUCAUUGCAAGGACCUGUUAUUUGCCCUGCUGGGCGUGCAAAACAAGCAGGAAUUUACACUCUGCCAGUGAAUGUCCCUUUGGUGAAUGCUAGGCUUAUUAGAAAUGGGUUAUGGAGAUUCAAGAGGAUCGAUGGUUACAAAACUAAAGUGGGUUUAUUUUCUCCUCAACUAAUUGCACAAGGGCGCUAUACAGUGCAGUGUUGUUUGAGUUCAUCCUCGAAUGGCAAUGGGAGCACAGCCGAGAAUUUCAAUGAAAACGAUGAAGAUUAUGUCAACUCCAGCAUAGUUGAAGCUGUUGAGGUUAAGAGUGGAGCAGAUGGUUUCACGAUCAAAAUGAGGGAUGGGAGGAACUUACGAUGUGUCCAUAACAACCCUCAAGGUGGGCGUCUGCCAGACUAUGCACCACAUCCUGCAAUUGUAUUGAAGAUGGAAGAUGGGACUGGUCUUCUUCUCCCUAUAAUUGUUUUGGAGAUGCCAAGUGUGUUGCUUAUGGCAGCUGUGCGCAAUGUUAAAAUAGCUAGACCAACUUUGUAUCAAGUGGUGAAGGAAAUGAUUGACAAAAUGGGCUAUGAAGUCAGACUUGUUAGAGUUACUAAGAGGGUGCAUGAGGCAUAUUUUGCUCAGUUAUACCUAACAAAGAUGGGCAAUGAGAAAGAAUGGGUCAGCUUUGACCUGCGUCCUUCAGAUGCCAUCAAUAUUGCAGUGAGAUGCAAGGUGCCAAUUCAAGUCAACAAGUACCUGGCAUACAGUGAUGGGAUGAGAGUUAUUGAAUCUGGAAAGCUAACACAUUCUCCUGCUUCAGAUGGUUUGUUAUUUACUGAACAAGAUCGGCCUACUGGUCAGCCUUGUCUUGACACCAAGGAGUUUAAUCUUGUCCGCAACAUGAUUACAGCAGCCAUUGAGGAACGUUACCAAGAUGCAGCUCAAUGGAGGGACAAACUUGGUCAAUUUAGGGCUAAAAGGAACUUGAAGAAAUAUACAUGACAGUUAUUCCACGAGAAAUUGUAUAUAGAAAACAUUGUUGGAAGCUGAUGAGAUCAGUUUUAUACAGCAGUAACCAAUUAUGUCCCUUUCCCUUUCUACCAAUGUGCGUGUAACAAGUUUGUGAAUAUAUGUAUAGAUAAAACUUUGCUUACAAAAACGUUGAAGCAAUUUAACACUUGUUGAUUUCUGCUUAUUAUUCUGCUGUGGAUGCUGAAGCUUAUCAGCUAUUAAUUGCAUGAGGGGUUCUUCUUGCA